UCUAUUUUUAUCACCGCUUCUCCUGCUGGUUCCGUCCGCCUUCUUUCCCGGCCUCCCGUCCCCGGCGGCCAGCCGGCCGUCCUGUUCGUCGUCAGCGGAGGGCUAAGCUCCCUCUCGGGCUCGGCCAUGGCGACGCCGGACAAGGGGCAGGGGCGUCCGCUGCCCAAGUUUGGGGAGUGGGACGUGAAGAAUCCCGCCACGUCCGAGGGCUUCACCGUCAUAUUCCAGAAAGCCCGCGACGGCAAGAAGACUACCGGCGGCCCCGGGAACGUCCGCGCAGGCAUACCGCCGGCCUUCAGGAACGGCGAUGGCGCCGACGACGGCGGGUACAGGCCUGACUUCAAAUACGGCGACAGCAGCCAGCACACGCCGCCCAAACGCAUCAAGGUGCUGACACGUGGACGUGGACCUCUGGUGGAUCGCAGAAGAAGUGGGCCUUCUGUGGCUGCUGAUUCUUCAUAGCUCGCUGCUGCUGCCGCUGACUCCAAAGGAGAAUGAUCGUGCCGCACCUGAAGCAAUCCAGGAUGGGAGCGCCGGGACAGACGGGAAAACAUUUCAGCCAUGCAUGCUGUUUCGCCUUGCUUUUACCUUUUUGCUCGUUUCUACCGAGGAACAGUAGUUCCAUCGGGAUCGGAACGAGCUAGCAACAUGGCUUGUAACUGAAACCUGCAAAUGUUCUUGAUGAAAUGAAACCGUCGCGUCAUUUGUUUCA